CUGCAGGUUUAUAUUGUGUACAUGGGUGAGCUUCCAACGGAGAGCACAUAUACCCCAAUGUCUCACCACCAAAAUAUUCUUCAAGACAUUCUCGAGGGAAGUUCAGUGCAGGACACAUUAGUUCACAGUUACAAAAGGAGUUUCAAUGGAUUUUCCGCAAAACUCACCGAAAAAGAAGUCCAAAAGCUCUCCGGUAUGGAGGGGAUAGUGUCAAUCUUUCCAAAUCGAAUCUAUGAACUUCAAACUACUAGGUCUUGGGAUUUUGUAGGACUUCCUGAGAAUGUGAAACGAAUGCCUACUGUCGAAAGUGAUACCAUAGUUGGUGUCAUCGAUUCUGGGAUAUGGCCAGAGUCGGAAAUGUUCUCUGAUUAUGGCUUUGGUCCUCCUCCUAUGAAAUGGAAGGGUGUCUGUGAUGGUGGUCACAAUCUUACCUGCAACAACAAGCUAAUUGGGGCGCGAUAUUACGAGAGCGUACUAACUACAGAAGGAUCUGCUAGGGACACACAAGGCCAUGGUACUCACACUGCAUCAACUGCAGCGGGCAACAUUGUUAAGGGUGUUAGCUUCUAUGAAAUUGCAAAUGGCAAUGCCAGGGGAGCAGUUCCCUCAGCCAGGAUAGCAGCUUAUAAAGUCUGUUUCUCCGAUGGUUGUGCAUCAAAUGCGAUUUUGGCUGGAUUUGAUGAUGCAAUUGCCGAUGGUGUUGACAUUAUUUCAGUUUCACUGGGAUCUGAUCCAGUUGGAUUUGACUUUGAUCCUGUUGCCAUCGGGUCUUUUCAUGCUAUGCAGAAAGGCAUACUCACUUCACAUUCAGUAGGUAACAAUGGACCUGAUCUACAAACAGUGGGCAGUAACGCACCUUGGUUAUUAUCCGUGGCGGCAAGUAGUACUGACCGACAGGUCAUGGACAAAAUUGUCUUAGGAAAUGGAAAGACAUUUCAGGGUCUUGGAGUGAACGGCUUCAUGUUGAAGGGAACCCAAUUCCCGCUUCUGUACGGGGAUAAUGUUUCAACCAUAUGUGAUACUUUAGCAGCAAAGCACUGCGAGGAAGGUUGUUUGGAUAAAGAGUUGGUUAAGGGGAAAAUUGUCAUAUGUGAUUCAGCCAAGGCAGAUUCCGAAACUUUUACAUCUGGAGCUCUAGGAACUAUCUUGGUUUCGGAUCCUUCACAAGCAUGGUUUGAUAUGUCUCCAGUUUAUCCAUUACCAGCUGCACUUAUUAACACUGAGAGCGGGGACCUUGUCAAGUCUUAUUUUAACUCUACCCUAAAACCAGUAGCCACCAUUUUGCGAACUGAAUCAAUAAAAGAUUUUGAAGCUCCUGUAGUAGCUUCGUUUUCUUCUCGCGGACCAAACAAAAUCUCACCCGACAUUAUCAAGCCAGAUAUUAGUGCACCAGGAGUUGACAUAUUGGCUGCAUUCUCACCUGCGGCAAAUCCUUCAAGUGUUACGGGUGAUACUAGGUCAGUCAAGUACAGUAUACUCUCUGGGACAUCGAUGGCGUGCCCUCAUGUAACGGGAGCAGCAGCUUACGUUAAAACUUACCAUCCUGAUUGGUCUCCUUCGGCUAUAAAGUCUGCUCUUAUGACCACUGCUUUCUCUAUGAACAAUACAAAAUAUUCUGAUGCAGAAUUUGCUUAUGGGUCUGGUCAAAUUGAUCCGGUGAAGGCUCUAAAUCCUGGUCUAGUUUAUGAUGCACAUGCAGAUGACUACGUCCAAUUCUUAUGUGGUAUGGGUUACGACUCAUCCAAAGUGAAGCUCAUUACAAACAGUACUUGUCCCGGCGGAAGAACUACACCAGAUCAAUCUAAGAAUCUGAAUUAUCCUUCAUUUGGUGCUCAUGUCGAAGUGGGAAAAAAGAUCAACUUAAAGUUUGCAAGAACCGUGACCAAUGUAGGCACCACAAGUUCAACGUAUAAGGUGAAGAUUACAUCGGAUGACAGAAUUACGGUUGCAGUGGAACCUCAAGUUCUUUCUUUCAAGUCAUUCAACGAAGAACAGUCGUUUGUUGUAAGUGUUGCUGGAGAUGGAUUGGGUUUAGAUGAAAUGGCAACUGCAUCACUGGUGUGGUCUGAUGAGGUUCAUAUUGUGAGAAGUCCAAUUGUUGUAUAUUCGCAGUCUAUACUCUAA